CCUCCCGACCCUUGCUUGCUUCACCUCCUCCCAUUCGUACUCCAUUCCCGGGCGUCCCUAGAUCGUCGCCGUCGUCUUGUUUCCUUCAUUCGAUCGAUCAACUCCUGGCCGGCCGGCCGGCCGGGAAGCUAGCUAAUUAAUUGAGGAAGAUAAUGUUGAGCUGGCUUCGUCGCUUCCCUCACGACGUGAUGCACAGGAAGGACAACGGCGGCGCGGCGGGGCGGAGGGCGGCGUCGUCGACGACGUGGAGGAACAAGAACAGCAACAGCUUCACGGCGCGGAUCAUCCGCUGCGCCUCCUCCGUCGCCCGCCGCCGCCGCUUCGAUGACGACGACGACGACGACGACCGGCAGCAGCUACCGUCGUCGCCCCCUCCUCCGGGGCGGUCACCACCACCUGCAGAAAGCAAGCUGGAUAGGAACAACAAGGUGGGCGUGGUGUCGGCGCGCGCGUUCUCGUUCCGCGAGUUGGCGGAGGCGGCGGGCAACUUCCGGCAGGAGCACCUGAUCGGCGAGGGCGGGUUCGGCCGCGUCUACAAGGCCCGCAUCGUCAAGGAGCAGCAGCAGCAGGAGGAAGAAGAAGAACAGGUGGUGGUGGCGGUGAAGCAGCUCGACCGGAACGGGCCUCAGGGCAACGGCGAGUUUGUGGUGGAGGUGCUGAUGCUGAGCAUGCUGCACCACCCCAACCUGGUGAGCCUGCUGGGGUACUGCGCCGAUGGGGAGCAGCGCCUGCUCGUCUACGAGUACAUGGCGUUGGGGUCCCUGGAGGACCACCUGCUGCUCGUCGGCGACCACCACCGUCCCCUCCUGCCAUGGCGCACGCGGAUGCGGAUCGCCUGCGGCGCCGGCCGCGGCCUGGAGUACCUGCACGAGCGGGGCGUCAUCUUCCGCGACCUCAAGCCCUCCAACAUCCUCCUCGACGACCACCACAACCCCAAGCUCUCCGACUUCGGCCUCGCGAGGCUCCUCCCCCCGUCGUCUUCUUCAACUAGCAGCACGGGCAGCAGCAGCAGCAGGGUCAUGGGCACCUACGGGUACUGCGCCCCGGAGUACCUCCGCACCGGCAAGCUCAGCGCCAAGUCCGACGUCUACAGCUUCGGCGUCCUGCUCCUGGAGCUCAUCACCGGCCGCCGGGCGCUCGACGCCAGCCGCCCCGACGGCGAGCAGAGCCUCGUGGGGUGGGCGGCGCCCAUGUUCGGCGACCCCGCCAGGAUCCACGAGCUGGUGGACCCGCGCCUAGUGAUGGCCAUGCAGGCGCCCCCGGCGCCGGAGCUGAAGCAGGCCGUGGGGCUCGCGGCCAUGUGCCUGCAGGAGCACCACGCCCUGCGCCCCGUCAUGACCGACGUCGUCUUCGCGCUCGACUUCCUCGCCACCGAUCGUCCUUAGCUUUUCUUCUUCUUCUUCUUCGAUCCCUAGGUGCGUGGAGAGAGAGAUUGUGGUUCAACAUUGUGGUGGAUGGAUGUAGCAAAUCUCAACAGGAAGGUCUUUUCGAUGAUUGGUGGUGAUGAUCCUACCAUGCCCCUAUAAGAUGGA